CUUGGCCUUUUUGAGCCUUAUUUCUAAUUUUAAGCCGAAUUAUCAAGAGAUUUGGCUUCAAGUUUUCAAAAGGGCCCAAUGCUAGGGUUUUAGGCCCGUUUUAGGGGCCCAAUUUUUUCCAGACUUGAAAUGUGCUCUACCCCCUUGUUAGUUUACAGAUCCACCCUUGAGUUUACAAUAUUCAUCCUAUCAUGUUGAUUGUCGGUCCCAUCCUUGAUAAGACAUCAGGAUAUCGAUAACUUAUCUUUGUAUAUCUUAAAUAUUACCCCGCUGAGUUUAGCUAAACAUAGUUGGCGACAUGGCGGUACACGUACCCUUUAUAAUCGUUGGGAUUUUGGUGUGCCUCGGUCAGAUUCAGGGAGAUGAUUCUGCAGUUGAAUAUUUAGAUGCCAUUCAACCAGGCUCGCUAAAUACAUGUUGUUCAGUUGACGACUCUCCUAAAAAGGUUUCAUAUUAUACCACGGAGAAAUCUGGCACAAAAUCAGUCACGGGUAAAAUCAAUCAAUACAAAAGAUGUGGACCCAGAAAAGGGAGGACUUGUUUGGUCUAUGCAAAUGGAUAUAGGCAAGUAAACACGUACAGGCAGAAGUUUGCGUAUAGAAUGGAAGCACGACCCUGUCCAAAAAAUAAUAUUAUUUGUUGCAAAGGAUAUGUCAACAUCAGAGGCUACUGCAAAAGUAAGGAAAAUACUUGCUGCAAAGUUCCCUUAUCCAAGACGGUCACAUACUACACCUCUGUAAAAAGCGGAACAAAAAGGAUUUCUUUCACUUCAACUGCAUAUAAGAAAUGUGGUCCCAGAAAGGGUAGAACAUGUCCGGUAUAUUCAGUAGCAUACAGGACGCAAGAUGUCUACAAACAGCAAGUUAAUUACAGGACAGAACCAGUGACUUGCCCAGCCGACAAAGUGACUUGCUGUAGCGGGUUUGUUGCUGUCCAUGGACAUUGUGUCGAUACUAGAUUUGUUACUACAAACCAAGAACUGCUGAGAAACUUGGGAUCAACUGUAGAUGUUGGAAAAAGCAAAAACCUUUGCUGCAACAUUACCCCACCAAAGCCAGUGGUGCAGUUUUACUUCAAUGAAAUGGAAACGUACGUUUCGCAAGACGUUGCCAUGUAUAAAAAAUGCGGGCCUAGAAACGGGAGAACUUGUGUGGAUCCUUCGAAAAAAGGUUAUAGGACAAAACAACGACAGAUUCAAAAGAUCGGUUAUAAACUUGGCUCCACGCCCCUUUGCCCCGUGAAGAACACAGUUUGUUGUAAUGACUUUCUCUUUAUCAGAGGAUAUUGUCUAGACAAAUCAUUUACUGUGAACAACCUGGAGUUGCUAGAGAAGAUCAAAACAAGCACUUCAACCAGAAUUGUCGGCUAGGCAGAUCGACAGAGAUAUAUCAAAAUGAAAUGAUCCAGAAAGUUAUAUGUUUUAAUAUGAAUGGAUAAUUUGAAAAUAUGAUGCUCAGACACAUAA